GUGGCAGUAUAUACAAACAUGGCGGCCUCGUGGAACUCGCAACAUAAUUUCAUGCAUAAUUAAUAGCAUUUUAGUGUAUAUAUAUUUACGUUUGAGAAAUACGAUUUGAUAUUUAGUUGUAAGCAACUUCGCGGGUGAACAGAGUAUGGAAAAUGGCUGCGUGGGGUGGAUUUUCAGAGGAAGAACUGCGAAGAAUGCAGCACAGCAGCGAUCACUCAAACCAGGCUGUCACGUUAGGUAGUGGCCGCAGACCCGCUCCCACCAACCGGAGCAGGCAGCAGCUACAGCGGGAGAGGGCUUUAAAGAUGGCCGCUAAGCAAAAGGAGGGUAUCGACUCUUUGCCACCUGAACAACAGCUUUUCAAGCCCCCGGAACCACCUGCUGCCAGUCACCAUGCUCCUUUAAAAUCACAGGAGGAACCCAAAGCGUUGGACUCAGAACCGGUUAAGCAUGAAUCCAAACCAGUUAGGCAUGAAUCAGAAACGAUUGCAGAGGCACCAACACCAGUCAUUGUCAAAGAGCUGGACAAACAGGAAGUGGAAUUGCGGGAUAAGAACCGUCUACAGCAGUUGCAAUGGGAACAACGAGCAAUGGAAGAGAAGAAUAAGAAGAGAAAAGCUCUCCUCACCAAGUGCAUUGCUGAAAAGUCCAAACAAACACAAGCUGAAGCUGUGAAACUGAAGAAGAUCCAGAGAGAACUUCAGGCACUUGAUGAUUCCGUGUCAAGUGAUAUUGGGAUUCUAAGAAAGCUGAUAGAGCAAUCCAGCAUGGAUUAUUCUCUGGCAUGGAAGCGUUUUGAGAAGGCUGAAGUCGAGUAUGUUGCUGCUAAAAUGGACUUGCACAAGAAGACUGAGGCAAAGGAGCAGCUCACAGAGCACCUGUGUGCGAUCAUUCAGCAGAACGAGCUACGCAAAGCCUGCAAACUGGAGGAGCUGAUGCUAAAGCUGGAGCUUAAUGCUGAAGAAGUCCCCAACCUGGAGGAAACGACACAAGAGAAGAAGGAGAGUGAGGACAACUCGCAGUCUAUUGCUGAAAAUGGUCCUACAGAAGGCAUUGAGGGUCGCACAGAGGUGGAUGGUUCAAGUUUAAGCAAAGACAGUUCUAUUACAGACCCAAAGAUUAGCCAAGACAAUCAGGAGAUCAGAGCAACAGAUGUUUCUACAGAUGGCCCAAGCUAGCUCACAAUCAUCUUUAUAACUUCAUGAUGGUUUACAAAACACUUUAGAUUUAGAAAUGUCUUCAUUGUGAGAAAGCUGAACAAAGGAACAGGCCUGCAUCGUGAUUGAAAUGUUGACAUUUUGUGAGAGGACGCAAAGGCAGUCUCAGUCUCGUGUCAGUAUUAAAUUCCUUAAUGCCGUUAGGCUGAUUGUGAUUCCAUUACUGUUGACACUAAAAAUGCCUUAAUGUUCUGGGUCUCAGAUAUUGACUACGAAAUGUUAAACUCACAAGUAAUGAGAAAGCUAUAGCAGAUACGGUUUUCUGGUUGUCUGCUAUUUUAUUAUUUAAUCUCUGUCUUACAUUAGGUGAAAGGUUUAGGGAUCUUUUUAUAAUUAAUUUUAACACUAUAGCACACUAAACUUAUUUUAACGUUCCAUAACUUUAACAUUAAUUUAAGUAGAAUACUGGUAUAUGAUCAGGUGGAAAUUUGCAGUUGUAAGGUAUUUCACAUAUAAUGUUGCACAAUAGAGAAAUAAUAAUUUUACCAAAACUUUAGUAAAAACCAUGCAAACCUUAACAAAUGAAAGUUUCUAUCAUAAAAGGUGGGUGGUUGGCUCAGCUGUAGAAUUGUGUUAUGAGAAAAAUGUUGUCGGAGUUCUGUGGAUGUGCUGUAUGUGCAUAAGAAUUACCAAAGUACAUAUCUUGUAUUCAUAUAUUUUAUACUUCUUUAAACUCUAAAAUUUUAGAACCUUGAUUUACCUAAGAGAUAAUGAUCACUUUUUAUUUUAAAGGUUAUAUUUUUUGCUUGAAAAGCUGAAAGUAUGUCUUAAUUGUCUUUAUUCAAUAGCUUAAAUAUGAUUGUGUGCAUGAGGUAUGGUUGUCACAAAUUAGUUAUUUGUUAAUAAAGUUUUUUUAAAACGUUUAA